CUCAAAACAGAUCUGAUAUUCCGAAAUUAAAAUUAUUUUUUUAGAAUUUUCCUUUAUAUUUAGUGCGUGAAGAGAGCGAUAAAAAAAAGCACACGUGUCAACAAAUCAUUAGUCAAGUCCUUUCUGGCUUCUAUUUAUUCCGCCAACUUUAAUGCUUCCCCUAGCCGUUGCUCUUUUCCGUUCUGUUUGGUCUGAAAAAAAAAAAGAAAAAAAGAAAGAAAAUGGCUCCGUCGUUGUCGGCUUUUCUUUUCUUCGCCUUUUGGGGACUGCUAAUUUCGCCGGCGGUUUCCCUCACCUGUUCUUCCCAGAAGUUCAGCCAAAACCAAGUUUACUCCAACUGCAUCGACCUGCCUUCUCUUUCCUCUUACCUUCACUUCUCUUACGAUUCUACCAACACUACUCUCUCCGUCGCCUUUAUAGCCACUCCUUCUAAAUCUGGAGGCUGGAUCGCAUGGGCCAUAAAUCCAAAGGACACCGGGAUGGUCGGUUCCCAAUCCCUCGUCGCCCACAAAAAUUCCACCACCGGCGUCGCCGAGGUGCAUACCUAUGCUAUAAGCUCUUAUUCUUCAGUUGUGGCGAAGAGUUUAUCGUUCGAGGUUUGGGAUAAGACGGCGGAGAGUAGAAGCGACGGGAGUUUGGCAAUUUUCGCUAAAAUUAAGGUUCCAGCGGAUUUAGCGGCUAGUGGGUCGAUUAAUCAAGUGUGGCAAGUGGGUCCCAGCGUUUUAGCUGGUGGCGCGUUGGAAAAACACGAGUUUGCUGCCGCUAAUUUGCAAUCUAAAGGAACCCUAAAUUUGAAAAGUGGAGAGAGUAGUUCUGGAGGAGACACCAGGGUUAAGAAGAAAAAUAUUCAUGGGAUACUAAACGCAGUGAGUUGGGGAAUUUUGUUUCCGGUUGGAAUAAUGAUUGCGCGUUACAUAAGAACCUUUGAGUCUGCAGAUCCAGCUUGGUUUUAUCUUCAUGUGUUCUGUCAAAUAUCAGCUUAUGCCAUAGGAGUAGCUGGCUGGGCAACUGGUCUUAAGCUUGGAAGUGAAUCCCCCGGGGUUACAUAUACCGGUCACAGAAAUAUUGGAAUUGCCCUUUUCGUUCUUGCUACUGUGCAGAUUUUUGCGUUGUUUUUGAGGCCUAAGAAGGAUCACAAGUACCGAUUCUACUGGAACAUUUACCAUCACAGUUUUGGAUACAUGAUACUUGUCCUUGGCAUCGUCAAUGUGUUUAAGGGUUUACAUAUCUUGCGCCCUGAGCAUAAGUGGAAAUCAGCUUAUAUGAUUGUGAUAAUUGCCUUGGGCGGGAUUUCGUUGCUGUUGGAAGCGAUUACUUGGGUUGUAGUUUUGAAGAGAAAGUCUAAGAAGUCCACCAAACCCUAUGAUGGAUACAACAAUGGUCAAGGUAGGCAGCAGCCUCUUGCAUUGUGAUCAACUGAUUCUUGCAGUUCCCCUUCUCGACCUGAUUUUGUAACAUCCUCGUCCUCUCUCGUGUCGAGACACUAUGAGGAUUAUCUUUUCCGGACCAGUUGUUUAUUUCUCUUGUAUAAUGGCUUCAUUCCAAAUGUUGUUAACAUCACUAGUUAAUGAGUAUAUAUAUAUAUAUAUAUAUUGCUGAGUAUUUCAGCUA